AUGUCCAUCAUUUGCUGUUUCCUCAUUACUUACCUUGGGGCCGUUCUGUCUUCACCAACAAUCGACAGUGCCAAGUUAACACUGCCCACCAGCCCAGGGCAGAUGAUGCCUGUGUCUUCCUCUGGCAGUGUCCCAGACACUCAGCCCCUGGUUCAGAGGGUAUUGCUGAGGGUGAACGACCUGCAGCCACUCACUGUUGAAUUGGACGUAUUCCGGAACCGUCCCAUCCACUCCUCUCGAGUACAUUUUCACAGUCAAGGUCUUGGUGAACCCCUGGGCAGCGACAGGAGCACUUGGCAGCUGCCCAGUCAGCAGAGUGCCCGCCUAAAGAGGCACACGCAGGGCCUGCGACACCAGGGCCAGUUCUCAGUCUGUGACAAGGAGAACCAUUGGGUGCUGGAUAAGAAGGUGGCCUUGGACAUUCGUGGCCGUGAGGUGGAUGUGUUGUCACAUUUCUAUGUGAAUGGGACUCUGGUGCGGCAGAUGUUUUAUGAGACUACGUGCAGGAAGCAGAAGCCCACAAGGCACGGCUGUCGGGGCAUAGACCAUCGCCACUGGAGCUCUUACUGUGACACCACUGACAGCCACGUUCACGCCUUGGUCCUCGACAACAAUCACAUCCGGUGGAACUUCAUCCGGAUUAGGACAGCAUGUGUCUGUGUACUCACCAGGAAAACAUGGACGCCAUGACCCAGCAGCAGCUAGCCCACCCUACCUCAGUGUAAAUUAUUGCCCUAACUUAUACAAAUUGCAUGGUGAUAUUUAUAUUCUGACAA